AAAGCGGUUCACGGCGGCCGGGCGGGAGUGCGCACGCGCGUAUCCGUCGGGGAAAUUUUAAACAGGAUUUCGGCGGAAACGGGGGGAAGCCGUCGCUGCGAGCGGGCGAGCGAGUGAGUGUUGUUGUUGUUGUCGUCGCCGCCGCCGCCGGUACCAGGUGAACACACACACACACAAUCAAACAAGUUCUAGCUAUUUAAUAUGUCAAAACGAAAAGAAAAUGUUUCUGAUGGAAUGUUACCCACAAAAAGAAUCAAAACUGAAGUUGUGAAGGAAAAUGAUCCAGAUGAAGCCAACGGAGGUAAUUGGAAAGUUGCAGCGCAUAAUGGACAAAGUGGUGACUGUCUUCCAAGUUCACUCUUGAAUGAAGGUGAAGUAGGAAUAAUCGAAAGUAUUUCAUUGAAAAAUUUCAUGUGCCAUGCUUGCCUUGGACCUUUUAAGUUUGGACCAAAUGUAAAUUUUGUGGUUGGAAACAAUGGAAGUGGGAAGAGUGCCGUGCUAACAGCCCUCAUAGUGGGGCUUGGUGGGAAAGCAACUGCCACAAAUAGAGGAUAUUCCAUAAAAGGAUUUGUAAAAAGUGGUCAAAAUUCUGCAGAUAUUUCGAUAACAUUAAGAAACAGAGGACCCGAUGCUUUUAAACCUGAUAAAUAUGGGGAGGUUGUCAUUGUGGAGCAACAUAUUUCUGGGGAUGGAAUAAGGCAUUACAAAUUGAAAAGUCAAUCAGGUCACUUAGUUUCCACAAAGAAAGAAGAACUCAAUACAAUAUUGGACCAAUUCAAUAUCCAGGUAGAUAACCCAGUGUCAAUUUUAACACAGGAAAUGAGUAAACAUUUCUUGCAGUCCAAAAGUGAAGCAGAUAAAUAUAAGUUUUUCAUGAAAGCCACUCAAUUGGAACAAAUGAGAGAUGAUUAUUCCUACAUCAUGCGAAAAAAGGCCUUAACAAAUGAGAAAAUUGAAAAACAGGAUGAAAAUCUAUCGGAGUUAAAGGAUCAGGUUAAGGAAAAGGAGGAGCGUUAUAAAAGCCUUUCUUCACUGAAUGAAUUAUUGGAAAAACUGGAGCAACUUAAGAAUCAAAUGGCCUGGGCUUUGGUCAUUGAAAUUGAAAAGCAAAUGCAGCCAAUAAAGGAUCAUAUUAAAGUUGAGGAAAGUCGUACUAUCAAAUAUGAUCAGAAAAUAGAGGAAUGGCAGAUCAAGGUGAAUGAGACGGAAGAAAAUUUUGAGGCAACCCAGAAUCAAUUACUGAAAAUAACAGAGGAAGUUCAAAUAUUGCGACCACAGUGUACAACAUUAAAAGAAGAUGUGCAAGGAAAUAAUAAAACGUGCAAAGAAUCCGAGGCAACAUUCCAUCGCUACAGGACACAGCUGAAACAACUUGAGAAAGACCAUGAUCAGUUACAAAGGCGUAUUAAUGAACUGCGAAAUAGUGUCAACCAGAGUUCUGAGGCUGAUCUUAGAAAGCGACAAGAAAGAAUUAACAACCUGCAAGACCAAUUGAAAACACUGGAAGCACGAGAGACCAGUACCAUACAGCAGUUGGAACAGUUUCAGCAUGCAAUCAACAAAUCAAAAGAUGAACAUUAUAAACUUGGACGAGAAGAACAGGAUGCAAAAAAUUCUGUUGAAUCCAGAAAGAAGCAGCUGAACAACUUGAGAGCCAGCAGAACAAACCAGUUGAAAAGAUUUGGAGAGAGUAUUCCAGCAUUACUGGAAGCAAUAGAAGAAGCACAUCGACAGGGUCGUUUCAAGAAGAAACCAAUCGGCCCGUUAGGUGCUUGUCUCAGACUAAAAAAUCCUGAAUAUGCUUUGGCAGUUGAAAGUUGUUUAAAAUCGCUACCGCUUUCAUUUUGCUGUGAUAAUUACAGAGAUGAGCAGGUACUGCAGGCUUUGAUGUCUCGAUACUUCAACUCAGGAAAACGACCCCAAAUUAAUGUAUGUGAAUUUUCAAAUCAGGUGUACAACGUAAAAGACAGAGCUGCAUAUCAUCGUGACUUCCAGACAGUGCUUGAUGUCUUGGAAAUAGACAAUCCAGUGGUGGCUAACUGUUUGGUUGACAUGAGAGGUAUUGAAAAAGUUCUGUUGAUCAGUAACAACAGCAAAGCUCGUGAAGUUAUGCAGCAGCAAAGAGCACCCGUAAACUGCAGAGAAGCUUUCACUGCUGCAGGUGACCAGGUUUUUGCCAAUCGCUAUUACUCUUCUGAAAUGGACAGGGCAAGAUACUUGGGUAGUGAUGUCGAAGCGGAGAUCAGUCAGCUGGAAUUGGAAGUGAACAAUAAAAUGGCUCAAGUAUCACAUUUUCAGCAACAAUUGCAUUCAGUGGAGGAAGAAAUCAAAAUAAACGAGACUCAUAUGAAAACAAAACAAAUGCAAAUCAGAAAAAUCCAGGGGAGUGUGACAAAAAUAAAGCUAGAAAUCACGGAUUUAGAGAAUGUGGACGAACCUCAAUCUGUGGAUAUUUCCACACUAGAAGAAGAAAUGCAAGACAUAUGCCAAAGAAUAGAGUCACACAAGGAGAAGUUAGAGCAAGCCAGAAAGAAAAUGGAUGUACACCGAAAAAUACUGGAUGAGGCUGAACAGAAAUAUAAAGAGAUGAAGGAAAAGAUAAAUGUUAUAGCUGAAGAUGCAGAUCCAAUAAAGGAUGAAUUAAAUAAGAUCGACGCAGAGGUUGGAAAAUGUAAACAUCAUAAAAGACAUUACGAAGAGAAAAAAAGAGAACACGUGGAUGGGAUAGAUAAGUUAAAAGAAAAUUUGAAAAAUAAAGAAACUAUUUUAGAGGAGAAUACUGCUAAAGCCAAGCAGAUUUUUGCAGAACGGAUAGAAGUCACCAGGACUCCCAAAAGUAUUGACAUGGAGAUCAAUCGUCUGAGAGAGAGGAUCAACAGAGAACAAGAACGUCAUGGGAAUAAGGAAGAAAUAACAAGGCAGUACUAUGAUGUUUUGGAAACAUACAAGAAUGUCAAAAGCCAGAUCAAGAACUUGAAGAGAUUUAUGCAGCUGCUUGAUAAAAUAAUGGAGGAAAGGCACAAAGCAUAUAAAAUAUUUAGAAGAUACAUUUCUCUUCGCUGCAAGUAUUAUUUUGAUUCCAUGCUAUCUCAACGAGGCUACCAUGGGAAAAUGAGCUUUGAUCAUAAAAAUGCAACUCUUUCUAUUGCGGUUCAACCUGGUGAGGGAGACAAAGCGGCACUCAGUGACAUGCGCUCUCUUUCGGGAGGUGAACGCUCAUUUUCAACUGUAUGCUUCAUCCUUUCCCUUUGGGACACCAUGGAGUCGCCCUUCCGUUGUCUGGAUGAGUUUGAUGUUUAUAUGGAUAUGGUCAAUCGUAGGAUUUCAAUGGACAUGAUGCUGAAGGUAGCAGAUUCCCAACGUUAUCGUCAGUUCAUCUUUCUUACCCCACAGAGCAUGAGUUCUUUGCCUUCCAGUAGGCUAAUUAGAAUUCUUCGCAUGCAUGACCCUGAACGAGGACAGACCACAUUACCUUUUCGUCCACUGGAUCAAGCUGAAGACUCUGAUGAAUAAACAGCUGUUAACAAGAUAUAUCAGAAGCACUGAGUUACAUGUGUAUGAAGUGUUUAAGUGAAAUGGGUGUUUGCGUGUGUGCGCGCGUAUGUGGGUGCUUUUAAAUUGACUGAUAUAUGUUGGGGGUGGAUAAAUAUUACCAGAAUGAUUUUUGUAUUAAAUUAUGUCCCUAUCGUUCUUUUACUUGACAGCCCAAUUUUACUUAAAUUAUACCAGUGUAUGUUUAUAAUUCCAUUUAGUUCAGAAUAUAUUGAUCACCUGUGUAUUCUUUCAUACAACCUUUAUCGGUAUUAUAGGUACUUCACCAAAGAUUCUUACCAGCUUUUUUUAUUUACAUUGCCUAUGGGAGGGGAACAGUUUGGUGAGUUUUAUUAUCUUUCACUGAACAGAUAAACUAAUACAAUGGGUCAGUUGUGUAAAAAUAUAUUUCUCAGUUUCAAUCCUUUCAUAUCAAAUGUACAAUUAAAAAUAUUUGCCAUUUUUAUA